AUGAGUAACAACGCUAAGCAACAAGAGUCGAGCUUUAUUGUUAAUUUCUUGAUGGGUGGUGUCAGUGCGGCAAUCGCGAAGACAGCUGCCUCACCCAUUGAAAGGGUCAAGAUCUUGAUUCAAAAUCAAGACGAGAUGAUUAAGCAAGGUACUUUGGAGAAGAAGUACUCCGGCAUUGUGGAGUGCUUUAAGAGAACUGCUAAACAGGAAGGUCUGAUCUCGUUUUGGAGGGGGAAUACCGCUAAUGUUAUUCGUUAUUUUCCAACUCAAGCUUUAAACUUUGCCUUUAAGGAUAAAAUCAAACUGAUGUUUGGUUUCAAAAAAGAGGAAGGCUAUGGGAAAUGGUUCGCAGGUAAUCUGGCCUCUGGUGGUGCUGCAGGUGCUCUUUCGUUACUGUUUGUUUAUUCCCUAGAUUUUGCCAGAACAAGAUUGGCCGCCGAUGCUAAGUCUUCAAAAAAGGGUAGUACUCGUCAAUUCAAUGGGUUAGUUGAUGUUUAUAAGAAGACUUUAAAAUCGGAUGGUAUUGCGGGACUAUACAGAGGAUUCAUGCCAUCAGUAAUCGGUAUUGUAGUUUAUAGAGGGUUAUAUUUCGGUAUGUUUGAUUCACUCAAGCCGCUUUUGUUAACGGGCUCGUUAGAAGGCUCAUUUUUGGCAUCGUUUUUACUAGGUUGGGCUGUUACUACAGGGGCUUCAACAUGUUCCUACCCAUUGGACACAGUUAGAAGAAGAAUGAUGAUGACUUCAGGUCAGGCUGUCAAAUAUAAUGGAGCCACGGAUUGUCUCAGAAAGAUCGUGGCAGCUGAAGGCGUGAGUUCCUUAUUCAAAGGCUGUGGCGCGAAUAUCCUGAGAAGUGUUGCGGGCGCAGGUGUUAUCUCCAUGUAUGACCAGUUGCAAAUGAUACUGUUCGGUAAGAAAUUCAAAUGA